AAGGCGAUGUCGUUUGAAAAUGUCACUGUUCCAACAAAUUCGUUAAGCUUAAGCCCUGCGCCAUAUCUACCCUUCACAUUUGACCCCUUUCUUCUUCUCUUCCAAAUUCAACGCUCUACCGUUUCUCAUCUCUCUCUUCAAUUUCGAUUCCAGAAGUAGCAGUGGUAUCAGAUGGCUUCCUUCAGAGCAUUCUUGAACAGUCCAGUUGGUCCCAAAACAACCCACUUUUGGGGACCUGUUGCCAACUGGGGAUUUGUGGCAGCUGGAUUGGCUGACAUGAACAAACCUCCAGAAAUGAUCUCUGGCAACAUGACAGGAGCAAUGUGUAUCUAUUCAGCAUUGUUCAUGAGAUUUGCAUGGAUGGUACAGCCACGCAACUACCUACUUUUGGCUUGUCAUGCCUCAAACGAGACUGUUCAACUCUAUCAAUUCUCCCGAUGGGCCAGGGCAGAGGGGCUUUUCUCGGCUAAGAAGGAGGAAGCUUCAUCAGAGUGAUUUUAUGCUGUCACUUUCCUCAUUGAGAGUGAUUUGAAAGAUUUUGCAUUUGAAUUGCCGAUGUAUGAAUAAUUGGUUACUGAUUGUAAGAAGGGGCUUGUGGAAAUUGUAAAAAAGAUUGUGGCUGUGCAAGGGUAUUUGGAUUAAAAGGAUUGCACGAGUCUAAACUAUUUGUUGACACCUCGUGGGUGGGUUUUAUGUGUCUAACAUAUAACUGACCCAGAAAUCAUUAAACUUGAAGCAUAAGCCAAAGAUUUUUCUAUUAUAUUAUGCUGAAAUCAGUUCCAUUA